AUGUCUUCCGUCAUCGACAAGCUCAAGCCUCACAAGGCCCUCUCCCACGGCUCCAAGCUGCCCGCCCACGCCCUGAAGGAGGACAACCCGGAGCAGGCCACCGUCAACCUCCACGAGGUCCCCGGCAAGAUCGUCAUCGUCGGCGUCCCCGGCGCCUUCACCCCGCCCUGCUCCUCGCAGGUCCCCGGUUACCUCCAGCACGCCGACGCCUUCGCCGCCAAGGGCGUGGCGGGCAUCUACAUCGUCGCCGUCAACGACGCCUUCACGACCCAGGCGUGGAAGGAGAAGCUCGGGGGCGGCGGCCACAAGCUGGUGCACUUCCUCGCGGACGACACGGGCGCCUUCACCAAGGCCGCCGGCCUGAGCUUCGACGCAUCCGGCCUCCUGGGCGGGCACCGCUCGCAGCGCUACGCCGCCGUCGUGCACAACGGCGCGGUCGAGCACAUCUUCGUCGAGGACGAGGCCCCCAGCGUGACCGUCACCGCCGCCGAGAAGGUCCUCGCGGCUAUUUUGUAG